AUGCUGAUGAUGAUGAAGAACGGCGGCAUGGAUGCGCAUCAGGUUGAUAUCGAUUCGGAAUUUGAGCCUCACAGCCGGUCUCGGUCGUGCACCUGGCCUCUGCCGUGUCCGGAGGAUUUCCCCGGAGGAGAAGAGGCGAGUCGAGGUCUAGCCCUGGCGUCGGUGAAGCUGGAGCAGUACAACGUGCCGGCGUGCCGGGCCGAGAGAAAAGGCGGCGCGCCGGCGGAGAUGAAGCCUCCAGCCGGCGCCCUGGCUGCGCUCGACGUGGCCGGCCAGCUGCGUAAAGCCAAGUCCUCCAGGAGGAACGCGUGGGGGAACCUGUCCUAUGCAGACCUCAUUACCCGAGCCAUCGAGAGUGCCCCAGAGAAGAGACUUACCCUCUCCCAGAUUUAUGACUGGAUGGUUCGCUUUGUUCCCUAUUUCAAGGAUAAAGGCGACAGCAACAGUUCAGCUGGAUGGAAGAAUUCGAUCAGACACAAUUUGUCCCUGCACAGCCGCUUCAUUCGGGUGCAAAAUGAAGGGACAGGGAAGAGUUCCUGGUGGAUGCUGAACCCAGAAGGAGGGAAGAUGGGGAAGGGACCCAGACGGCGUGCAGCUUCAAUGGACAAUGGCACCCGCUACUUGAAGACCAAGGGUCGCAUUAGUCGGAAAAGAGCAGGGGCUAUAGGCCUUGCAAGAGGACAAGGUCAUGGGGCUGGACCUCCAAUGCAAGGCUCCCCGGAGCAUGGAAGUCCAGCUGGGAGAGGAGCCGUUGGUAUGGGUGAAGAGUAUGACACUUGGACGGAUCUUCAUUCCCGCACUUCCUCCUCUGCGUCAACAAUGAGUGGCUGCCUCUCACCGAUUCUGGCUGAGGCAGAGGCUGACGAACCUGAAGAAGGAGGACUUUCCUGUUCAGCCUCCCCUCGUCUGUACCCAAGUCCCACCAGCACCCGAUCCCCAGCCCUUGGCACUGGAGGGCACUGCCCCAGUGUGGAGCUGCCCACACUGACUGAUCUGACUGGGGCAAUCAGUCUUGAUGAAAGUGGCUAUCCCCAGCCACAGCAAAUCAAAUGCAACGGUUAUCCCUACGUGCCUGGGCCUAAGGCGGAGGGCUCCUAUUGCGGGCCCAUGUACACGCAGCCUUCCAUGGGCAUGCUACGGCACCACACUCCCAUGGAGACCAUCCAGGAGAACAAGCCAGUCAGCUUCCAGCGCCCAAUGAGGGGCUACUCAGAGAACAAUGCCCUGCAGAGUCUGCUCACUGGAGGUCCAUCGUUCUGCAACAAGGACACAGUUCUGGGCCAGGGACGUGAAACGCACUCACUAAUGACACAGGGAACCAACGGUGUUCACAGCCAGCACAGCCACAAUCAGAACCGCAGCCACAAUCACAGCCAAGAGCAUGCUCACAAUCCCAGCCUACACAACGGUCAUGACCAGAAUGGCCACCACCAGAACCACAAUCAGGGUCACAAACACCAAGCCAGCCUCGACUACAGCCACAAGUCUCAUCCAGCUCAUGACUAUGGCCCGAGUCAUGAGCACACUCACGGUAACAAAGUCAAUGCCAGCCAUGAUCACAACUCUCGCUCCAGCCAGAAUCACAUGCACAAUCACAACCCCCACAACCCUAUGCACAGCGGGCCUCACCCCCAGGCCCUCUCACCACGGGUUAGCAAUGACAUCUUGCAGCCCUACAGCCUCAAGACUUCUAACCACUACGGGCCUCGUCCACAUCUCCCAACAUCGCCGUCCCUGCCCCCAAACCCUGCUGGGGUCAUGGAUGUUCCCCAGGACCCCUGCCGCUUGGCGUCAGCCCCUCACCCACGUCAUCAGCCCUACCCUGGAGGCCACCAUCAGAGUAUGACUGAAUCCUGGCAUGGAUACUACCACAACAACCAUCAGCCAGGGAACACUGGUUACCAGGGGCCACAGCACAACACUCACAGUAGAAUGGCUGCCAAUCUGGACAUGGAGAGUGUCCCUAAUAGCCUGGACUGUGACGUAGACUCCAUCCUGCUCAGUGACUUUAUGGACACAGAUAGCAUGGACUUCAACUUUGACGGCUCUUUAUCCCAAGGCUUGGGCAUGGGGGUGGGCAUGAGUUUGGGGGCGUUUGCUUGCCCUCCUUCAGCACACAGCAACCAGAGUUGGGUGCCAGGGUGA